AUGGGGAAAGAGAGGAAGGAGACUAAGAUGGAGUGACUUACCCACGGACACCGCCAGUAUUUGUCGGAGGCAAGACUCUAACUGGAGCCAGUCUUGGAGGAUGACACCUCUCCCUCCAUCCUCCCUGCCGCCUUGUCUCAGUGCAAAUAAUAAUGGCCCCAUUUUAUCCUCAGGAAAGGACUUUUGUCCAAUAUCACCCAGCACCAAGACUAGAAGCCAGAUUUGGGGCUGCAGGAAAGGAUUUACAGAGAUAAAGGCGAGCCAGGAGAAAGUUGUAAGGAAGUAUCCAGAGGAGAGGUCAUGGCGGACGAGGCGUUGGGUUUGGCGCUUUUCAUAGGGAAGUCUGCUGACCUUGGAUAAGCAGUUUCUUAGCGCUGAGGAUUGAAAACAGAUUGCCAAGGCUUAGGGAGGAGGGCGUGGGGGCAGUGAGUGGAGAUGUAUUAGAGGAAUUUGCUUGUGAAAGGGAGGAGAGCUGAUGAAAGGCUGGGGUGCUCUGAGGCUAGGAAUAGAAACAGGGUCAGGAGUGGUUUGGAGAAAGUGUGGAGGGUGAGGCCUCCCUCUGCGAAGAUAGCGCUCGAGAGAUAGCCACUGAUCCGGUUCGCACUCCCACCCUUCCCGCACCCGGCUGGCCAGAGCUGGAUUGGGGGGCGGGGUGGGGACCGAGGCACUGCUUUGGUUCUCAAGGUGAUAUUGGUGAGGAAUUAUGGAGUCAUAGAAUGAGAGCUGGAAGAGACCUGAGAGACCAUCAACCCCCCGAUGAAAAGAACCACACUCUAGUGCCCCGCUCACUCAGCCAUGGCGAAACUGGAAACCCUGUCCGUGUGCGCCGACCCCGGCCGUGACCCCCUCCUGGCCUUUGCCCCUCGGCCACCCGAGCCCCGCCCGGCAGCUCCUCGACUCGUGGCCAUGGGCAGUGUGGGCAGUGGUGUGGCCCAUGCCCAGGAAUUUGCCAUGAAGAGCGUGGGCACGCGGACAGGUGGGGGUGGCCGAGGGGGCUACCCUGGGCCAAGGGGCAGCGGGCCGGGGUCUGGCAGCGGGGACCUGCCAGCCAGAUACCCCUCGGAGGACAAAGCCCUGGCCAACUCCCUGCACCUCAAUGGGGAUCUGCGGGCCGGGGCCAGUGGUGGUGUCAGCGGAGACCGGACAGAUACCUGUGGCAACAUGGUCAGCAGCAGCGGUGACAAGGCCCCACCCCAGUACCGGGAGCCCAGCCAUCCGCCGAAGAUCCUGCCCACCUCUGGCAAGCUGGACCAGUGCACAGAGCCUCUGGUGAGACCGUCAGCCUUCAAGCCAGUUGUGCCCAAGAAUUUCCAUUCAAUGCAAAACCUGUGUCCGCCCCAAAGCAAUGGGGCGUCAGACAGCCGCAAAGGCCCCGGGGGCCUCAAGGGGGGUGGGCUGGACAAGGCCCGGACUAUGACCCCGGCUGGCAGCAACAGCGGGGGUGGGGGAAGCAGCAGUGGGGGAGGAGGACUCUCCGACUCAGGCCGAAACUCACUGACCAGUCUGCCUACGUACAGCUCAGGCUACAGCCAGCACCUAGCGCCCCUGAGCGCCUCCACCAGUCACAUCAACCGCAUUGGCACGGCCAGCUACGGGGGCGGGGGUGGCCCCAGCAGCGGGGGCCCCGGCUAUCAUGACCUUUCGUCUUCCGACAGUGGGAGGGCUUCUAGCAAGAGCACCCCCUCCUUUGGUAGGCUUAACCCCCUGGGGUCCGGGGAGGGUGGCGGCAACGGCAGCGUGGGGGGGGUCGCCGGGGGCCUGGGCUCUUUCCCGGCCUCUCCCCCUUCCCCGGAUGCAGUGAUCCAGGAGCUGGAGGAGCGCCUGUGGGAGAAGGAGCAGGAGGUGGCCGGGCUGCGGAGAAGCCUGGAGCAGAGCGAGGCGGCCAUCGCGCAGGUGUUUGAGGAGCGACAGAAGGUGUGGGAGCGGGAGAUGGAGGAGCUGAGGCAGAACUGCGCGGGGAAGCUGCAGCAGGUGACCCGCCGUGCCCAACGCGCCCAGCAGGGCCUGCAGAUGCAGGUGCUGCGGCUGCAGCAGGACAAGAAGCAGCUGCAGGAAGACGCGGCCAGGCUCGCCCGGCAGCGAGACGAACUCCAGGAAAAGGUGGCAGCCUGCCAGAAGGAGCAGGCUGACUUCCUGCCCCGCAUGGAGGAGACCAAGUGGGAGGUGUGCCAGAAGGCGGGCGAGAUCUCGCUCCUGAAACAGCAGCUGAAGGAGUCCCAGGCGGACGUGAGCCAGAAGCUGAGCGAGAUCGUGGGGCUGCGCUCGCAGCUGCGGGAGGGCCGGGCUUCCUUGCGCCAGAAAGAGGAGCAGCUGCUGACCCUGAGGGACUCGCUGGGCGCCAAGCAGCCCAGCCUGGAGCUGCAGCUGCGAGAGGGCGAGGCGGAGCUGGUCCCGGGGCUGCGGCUACGGGAGCGCCUAGGCCCCGGUGAGCCUCGGGCCGGGGAGACCACCACGGCCGACGCGACCUCCGCAGCAGCCGCCGCCGCCGGGGAGCCCGCCGAGCUCUGCGAGAGCGACGAGGCCAAGAUGCGCAGACAGGCGGCUGCGUCCUCAUCUUCGUCCUUGUCCUCGGGCCCCCCCCAGGACGGGGAGGGCGACGCGGCGGACACGGCCGGAGCCCGGGCCCUGCGGAGGGAGGUGGGCCGGCUGCAGGCGGAGCUGGCGGCCGAGCGGCGCGCCCGGGAGCGGCAGGGGGCCGGCUUCGCCGAGGAGCGGCGCGUGUGGCUGGAGGAGAAGGAGAAGGUCAUCGAGUACCAGAAGCAGCUGCAGCUCAACUACGUGGAGAUGUACCAGCGCAACCAGGAGCUGGCGCGGCGCCUCGGGGAGCUGGGGGCCGCGGGCGCCCCCCUGCCCGCACCCAUGCCUCUGCCCGUGCCCGUGCCCGCGCCCGCGCCCGCGGCCCACGGCGGCCCCGCGGAGGAGAAGAAGGCCUGGACCCCGUCCCGCCUGGAGCGCAUCGAGUCCACUGAAAUCUGAGCGCAGCCGCCUUGCCCGACAACUUCGCGGGCACCGAACUCUCCCAAUGUUUUUUUUUCUAGUUUGGACAAGAUGACCGAGGCCCCUCCCCCAAUGGCCUAUGGAGGCCUUUGGUCCCGAAUCUAGGGCCAUGGCCCCGCCCCCUGGCCCUGGGGAACCCCAGCUUCCACACUCCCUCCCCAGAAUCCCCAGACCAAAGAGGUUCACGAAGCUCCGGUGACCAUACCCUUAUCCACCCACACCCACACUGUGUCAGCCCCAGGAUUUUCUAUUCCCGAACUCUAGGCUUCCAACCCCAGGCUCCUGCCUGGAGGAGGAGGAGGAAGGCACUGGCUAGUCUCAGAAUUCCCUGGUGGGGUGGGGGUAGCCGGUGGAGUGGGCUUGGAGAAGCUGGGGCCUGGCCCUGACCACUGAUGAUCCCAAAGCACACUUUCAACAAGAGCCCUGGACCAGUGUCUCCCCUGCAUCUCCCUGUUCCAGCCCUUGCCGAGUCCCCACACCCCCAUCUCCUCCAUGCACUUUCUAAUUGGGGGUAUCUGCUCGGCACGACCAAAGACCCUAGGGCCCUCCCCACACACACCCUUCGGUAGAGGCAAAGACCCCUCCGGCAGUGUGUUCUCUAGGACAGUUGGAGGCGGGGUUGUAGAUGAGGGGCGGGAAGCAGGCUUGGCAGCUGAAACCCUAGGAGAUCCUGUGUGGAUGGAGGAGGGAGUUGAGUGUCGAUCAGUUUGUCUGGGUCCUGCCAUCUCAACACUUAUUACACUCCCUCCCCAGUCUCAGUCACUCAAUCCCUGCUCCAGUAUCUCCCUCUUCCGCUCCCAAGCCCCCAUGGCUGACAACUACCCCCAGCCUAACCACCUCCCCACCCCUGCCCUUGGGGCACGAAGCUUCAUCUCUGACGCAUACACAUCUUUAGGGUUUGGGUUAUUUUAGAGAAAUGACACCAGGCCUUCUUGUUAUGAGGCUAGAGGUGGGGGCCUUCUUGGGAUUCACCAGCAAUAACAGGGAGAUUCAGCAUCGUCAUCUCCCUCCAUCCCAGAGCUGACCUGGGGGGAACUGGUAAAUCUUGUGCCCUCCCGAUCCCACCCCCCCUCAAACCAACGGGCCCCCACAACUCCAAGCCCUGACUGCCCCAGCCCAACUAGGACUGUUCUUGAAAAAACAAACUUAAAAACAAAUUCCUGAGACCCCCCCCCCAGGAGCAUGAUGGCCAGACUGACCCUCAAGGGUACAGAUAGGUUAGCCCCCUGGGAAAAGAGCAGUGGAAUAGAUGAGGGCAGGCUAGGAAAGCUGAGCCCUGGGGUGAGGGACAAAAGGAGGCUCAUCCUCAGGCUUUGAGGAGAAGCAGGUCUUAAAAGAACACAACCCUUGUCUAUCUGUUUAUCCAACUGUGCAGGACUUUGGGGGUUUUCACAGAGAAAUAAAAGAGAAAGGCCAACCCCUCUAAAGGGGCCUUCCCUGGUCUCUGUCUUUAUUGGGGACAUACUGGAUUGUUAAGAGGUUCACAGGCCAGGAGUCAGCCAGCCCCACUACACUGGCCUUCUCAAAGGAUCCUGUCAGACUGUACUGUGCUAGUACCCGUGGGCUCCACCCAUCCAGAUCCAGCAAAGGAAACAAUUGCUGAGUGUUGCUCUGGGUUUUGUUGUUUUUUUGGUGGGGCAAUUAGGGUUAAGUGACUUGCCCAGGGUCACACAGCUAGUAACUGUCAGGUGUCUGAGGCUGGAUUUGAACUCAGGUCCUCCUGAAUCCAGGGCCAGUGCUUUAUCCACUGUGCCACCUAGCUGCCCCUGCUCUAGUUUUCACAAGCAAGGCCCAGCCUUGGUCUGACUGAACUCUAUUCAGUUGGGGGCAGUAGCUCAACACAACGUGGAUGCUGGUAGAAGGUCCCAGCAGAGAAGAGUGGACCCAGGCUUCUAUAAAUGAAUGUGUCUUUAAUUGGACUUGCAUGCUGUAAGCAACAUAUCCUCUGUUAUUCCAACAUCAGUGGUAGCUCUUGGGCUGGUCUCUUCCGAGCUCUGCCAUCCCUCUAAGACCUUGGGAGAGUUACUUCAAUUCACUUAUCUGUAAAAUAAAGGGGAAAAGGCAGAUAUCUCCUCUACUGGGGGGGAGGGGUUAAUUGCCCUCCGACCUCCAUAUGUAGAAAAAAAAACACUCCUGACAGUGAGUUCUUUGGCUUCAGGCUCUACUUUCUCCAUCAAAGGGAGAUGGGAUCUUUCUGAGAGGAAGUGGGAUUUCCUCUUUUUUUCUUCUAGAGCAAGGAUACUCAAAGCACAUUGCCAAGAAAGUAAAAACCUGGCCGUUUUGAUGCUUCUGAGGCUGACCCCUCCAAGCCCUGGGUUCACCAGGACUCAUUUCACUCCCUGAGUGCUGGCGAUGCAAUCUUUCUAAUGCACUAUUGUUUUUUUAAUUAGAGGUUUCUGGAAGUGAAAUAGGUCACCUCAGUACCUGAUGGCUCCCCUCUUCUUCUUCUUCCUUUUUUUUUUUUUUUUUGCUGGACAGUGAGGAUUAAGUGACUUGCCCAGGGUUACAGAGUUGAACUUGGGUCCUCCUGAAUCCAGGGCCAGUGU